CGGGGGCAGGCGGUGGGCGGGGCUUGUCGUGGCGCGCGGGCUGCGAUUGGCCGGGCGCGCCACGCAGCCCGCUCGGAUUGGCGGUUGCCGUGGUUACCGGGGCGAGGCGCGGCCGGAUGCGUGGCCCCGGAAGCGGAGCCAUGGCGGCUGUGGCGGCGGCUGUGGCGGCCGAGGGCCCCGCCGCGCUCCUCCUCCUCCUCCUGCUGCUGGCGGCGGCGGGCGGCGACGACUCGGACUGGGUGCGGCUGCCCAGCAAGUGCGAGGUGUGCAAGUACGUGGCGCUGGAGCUGAAAUCUGCUUUUGAGGAGACCGGCAAGACCAAGGAGGUGAUCGACACCAAGUAUGGCUUCCUGGAUGGGAAGGGCUCCGCCGUCAAGUACACGCAGUCGGACAUCCGGCUCAUCGAGGUGACGGAGAACAUCUGCAAGAGGCUGCUGGAUUACAACCUGCACAAGGAGAGGAGCGGCAGCAACAGAUUUGCAAAGGGCAUGUCGGAAACCUUUGAGACCCUGCACAACCUGGUGCACAAGGGCGUCAAGGUGGUGAUGGACAUCCCCUACGAGCUGUGGAACGAGACCUCCGCCGAGGUGGCCGACCUCAAAAAGCAGUGCGACGUGCUGGUGGAGGAGUACGAAGACGUGAUCGAGGACUGGUACAGGCACCACCAGACAGAGGAUCUCUCCCAGUUUCUCUGUGCUGACCACGUGCUAAAAGGGAAGGAUGCGAGCUGCCUGGCAGAGAAAUGGACCGGCAAGAAGGGCGACUUGGCGAGCUUGGGGGAGAAGCCGAGCAAGAAAAAGAGCGGGAAGAAGAAGAAGAAAACUGUGAAGGAGCAGAGCGAGGGCAUCGAGAGCCUCCACGAUGCAGGGGCCACCCUGGAGGAGCACGGUGUCCAGGAGGAGGCCCCGCUCCCCCACAGCCCUGCUGAUGAGCUGUAGGCGGGGGCUGGGAGCCCCGAGGCAUGGUGCUCACCCCAAAAGUACUGAAGGGGAAGGGGUUUGCUCCACACUGUGGGGCCACGGCCCCGGCCAGCCCUGGCAUGGACUCACCAGCCCCUGUAGGCUCCAGCGAGCCGGGGCAGGGGGCAGUUGUGGCAGACUGAGAGGUACGGACUCCGAUGUGCAGGACGAAACGAAACUUUAUUAGGCGAGUGUGCUUCUUUAUAUUCCCUAGGUACAGAGGCCGGUCAUUUUCCGGUACAUGUAUUAAAAUACAUAAGAAAAUCAACAGAGA